CCAAAGAAAGAUUACGGUGUGCACGAGUUAUGUUUCCUCAAAUGUAUCGAAAAAAGUGUGUGACUAGCACAGGUGCUGAUCAUAUAUAAGAAGGAAUGGUGACAAUUUUUCUAUUCAUCUCGGCACUCUGCUAUCGCACAGAUCUCGAGUGUUUUUCCAGAUCAGUAGAAGUAAGCGUAUCAUUCAUAUUGAACAAUGAUAUAUCGCGUGUUGACCUUCCUGACAAUAGCAUGUGGUGCUAUUGCCGAUGUUCCGAUAAGCUUUCCGUACAAAAUUCUGCUACAUACGACCCCUAGCAGUGGGUUUAUCAGUAACCCCAGUACAGGAUCCUUCACCGGAGCUGCUAAUACCAUUCUGCCAUACACAAGUUUGAAUGUUUUGUUCGAUCCAAAUUUCAUAGAACAGCUCAGACAAACCCUGUUGGAACGCGGUUCCGGUGGAGCCACAAGUGGAACAUUCACAAGAGGUAAUGAUGUAGCGAGCCCCACCCUUCCGGUCAGUGUUAACCAUCAUACCGGAUUGAACAGCGUUUCAAAAGCAAGAUUACUCGAUUCCAAUAAUAGAAAUCUGGCUGAAGGUUUUUCCGGUUCCACUAUUUUAAACAGUGCUGUUCACAGUGCAGGAAUCAACAACGGUUUCGAUGCAGAGUCCCCAUCUAAAAACAACGGCUUUUCAGUGGCAAAUUCGAACGGAUUACGAUUCAUUCCUGUAGCUUACAUAAACGGUAACAUUUUAUCGACAAACAGCGAGGUCCGUGGCGCUUCUACUAUCGUGAAGGAUAGUACUUCGUAUGGAACGCAAUCUUCCAGUGUAGAUCAUCCUGGCUAUCCUCGUGUCAGACCGUCAGAUAAUAUCGAUAGCAUUGGUUAUAGUAGAGGAUCACCCCAUCCAAAUAGUGUAAACAGUGAAAUUGGGUUAAAAUCUGACCAUGGUUCGUCAACCUUUCGACGGAUUAUUUUUCCCCAGAGUGGCUCCGAUGAAACAAAAAACAAUAUCGGUACAAAUCAAGUAUUAAGCAGCAAUUUAGGUGGAAAAAUAAAUGGAGUCAACAACGGUGGUCCAAUCGGGAUAACACCCCUUCUACAAUCCGCAACAUUGAGAGAAAGCGUGGAUACAGAUCUCAUAACGAAUGUUUUACGCAUGAUCCAGGUAUACGAUAGCAGACUUGUCACAACACCUAUUGCCAAACCAUAGUAUUAAUUGUUUACUACAUAAGUGAGGUCAUAAACCUGUGUAUUAGGUGUAGUGAAUUAGACGUAGCAAAAAUUCGAAAUUCAUUAUUUUUAACUUUUUGACGUCUUUUAGUAACAAAAUUUCGUACUAAACGAUCACACUAACAAAUGCUGAACAAAACUAUCAAUUUCAUGUCAAAAUGAAGCUUUAAAUUUUACAGCACCGUAUAUUGUUUCAAGUGGUCGAGGCCGAGUGCUUAGCGUCACAUAUUCACCCCUAUUCUAUAUUUCGAUCGAUUCGAAAUAUUUCGAACGACAUAAUAAAACUCCAUUCUGUAUUCCAUUCGAGUUGUUUUUGCAUUUCAUUCUAUCUGUUUCUCUUUGAACAUUAAGUGGGCAAAACGUUCGAAAUAGGGAAAGCGAAAAUAUAACUGGAACGAAAUACCUGUUUCGAACGAAAUUUCAAAUCCGACGGAAUACAGAAUAGAGCUGAUUACCAAGCCGGGGGUUCGGGUUCGAUUCCCGUUCUGGUCGGGAGAUUUAUCGUCAAAGAAAGUUCUUCCGCCCUGCACUAAUACACGCGUAUUCUAGAGCUUGCCACCCAGAAUACAUUCAAGGCGUGUUAUUUGGCAUACGCGAUCUCAAUUAAGUAUUAAUCAAAAAUGACGUUAGACGUUGAGACGUCGUAAAUUCCACAGGGAACGUUAGCGGCAUUCAAGAAUAUAUUGUUUAGAUGUUUGCAAACAUUGUUUUACGUCAUCAGAUUUUUCUUCUCUUUUAUGCUCUGUGUCCAUUCGAUUCUUUGUUUUUGAGAGGUUUUAAACUUUGUAAUUCAUUCGCCUUUAAGGCUGUGUCUUCUAUGAAAGUAUAUUGUUUAACCAAAAUUGAGACAAUAAAAUGAUGUUGAUUUCCAACAAGGAAGAUAAACUGAUAGAAAAAAACAUAUGAUUGACGUUUGAUCUUCAUUUUCUCAGAAACCAUUUUGAAUUCCAAACUCGAUGUAUCUAUUAUGAAUACCCAUUUUCCGAUUAUCUCUAAAACUAUUGGCAGCUUUUUGAGGAUGUUUAAAAAUCGCGGGGAUAUCUGCACGCCGAAGAUCUUUUUUUCAAAAUAACAACCUUUUCAUUCUUCUGAGAAUCAUAGUGGAAAUCGUCAGAAAUACUUAUCCACGUUGAUCAUACGACGGUAAUCAAAUCGGAGCUGCAAUCAUCAUUGUAAAGGUCAGUUGCGUGUAAAAAUAAACUCCGUGAAGUGAAAGAGUUCAUUCCCGUUCAUAAGACACAUGUCAGUUGCAUAAUUUCAGGCGCUUGAAUGUUAUGUAGGUAAAUUAAUAAGUUUAUGAGACAAUAUACCAUUUAGUUGAACGUAUGUUUUAGAGUGACAAGUUUGCGAUUAUACCUCGUCGAUUUGGUAUUUCAAUCCAAUUAUUCCGACUCAUUCCAUGAUUUUGCUUGGUGCGUUAGUUUGCUGAAUCAAACGAUGGCUCAAAGAUGAGAAGGAAUACUUGGUUGCUCUUGAAUAAUGUAGUUGUUGAACAUAUGGGAAUGUAAUUUUAUUUCUUCUUUCUAUAAGUAACUCUGGAGAUAAAGCAUGACUAUCAUGAGUUUAAUAAUCGAUAUCUCACAUACUUCUGUACUCAGCUCUGUCUUACUCGUUUGAAUAAUGAAAAGUAUUUAGUAUAGGUCAACGUUAGAAUCAUUUUUUAAGAACCGAUACUUCAAUUUUGAUGAAUAAUAAUAGCUUCUAUAUCUCAGAAUAAACCCGAAUUUAUCCAUCACAUGAUCAGUAUAAUCUGGGAUACUCCCAUAUAGAAUUCUGAAGGUUAAUCCUCCUAACCUUCCCAUUCUCAUGUAAUUUGA